AUGACGUCAGCAGACUUUCAGCCCAUCCAUCCGCAGCCCAGCCCAGUACAUCAGCAGCAGCAGCUUUAUACCUCUGAACCAGUUCCCAUUAUAAGACAGGAGCACAUCCAAAACCCCGAUGGAUCUUAUAAAUGGAGCUAUGAAACUGGCAAUGGUAUAACUGCGGAAGAGCUUGGCUUCGUGAAAAACCUCGGAGUACCUGACCAAGAGGCACAGACUGCUCAAGGACAGUACCAGUACACCGCACCAGAUGGACAGAUAAUUCAGCUGCAAUAUGUUGCUGAUGAAAAUGGCUUCCAACCACAAGGAGCUCAUAUUCCCACUCCACCGCCAAUCCCACAGGAUAUUCAGAAAGCUCUAGACUACUUAGCUACAUUACCGCCUCAGAAUCCCGACAAUAGGGUCCUUGGUCGCCAGUAA